GUAUGUUGAUGAGGCUCAGAAGGCUGUUGAUAGACUUGAUGGGAGGAAUGUGGAUGGUCGGAAUAUUAUGGUUUAGUUUGCAAAAUAUGGACCAAAUGCUGAGCGUAUACAUAAAGGAAAAAUUAUGGAAGCAGUUCCAAAGACAAGAGGAAGGUCAAGAAGUUGUAGCCCUCGGCCUAGAACUUAAACGAUCACUCUAUGCUUUAUUUUCACAAUAUGGAAGAAUUCUGGAUAUUGUGGCCUUGAAAACACCAAAGCUGAGAGGCCAGGCAUGGGUGGUAUUUGCUGAAGUUCCAGCUGCUAGCAAUGCAGUACGACAAAUGCAAAGAUUCCCAUUCUAUGAUAAACCCAUGGUUCUGUGA